AUGCAUCUGCCAUGGCUGGUUCUGCUGCCCUGCGUCGUCAGUGCGCACAUACGCGGUGUAACUUCCAACACCAAGUUCCUGGACAUUCAGUUUUUGACGGAAGAAGAUGUCGAUCAAACGAUGGUGCUGAAGGUGGACAGCAAGAGGCUAGCAAACAUCCGGUCGGGACUGGAGAUCACGUACACAUCCCUUCCCAAAACGGAUGGCCACUUGGCACAGCAAACACUGCGCUACGUCUUGCACCGCUACUUCUUGAACCAGCACGGCUGGUUAAUCAAGGGCCUUGAGCCGCAGAACACGUCGUGGACACAUCAAACCCAGCGGAUCCAAAAGGACUGGUCGAGCUGGCUCCCGUCCUACCUCCAAAAGCACUUCGAGGCGCAGAUGCAGCGAGGCACCGAACUGUCGGCUCUUGCAGAGAUGGUGGCCAUCAUAGAGGAUUUGGUGCACAAGGAGGCGGAGCGCCAACUGCAGGAAAUCUACGAAGCGAUGGGAAAGAGCGCAGAAACCGUGCUUGAUCGAUCGGCCGCCCUCGAGGUGAUCGACAUGUACGCCUUGGUGUUUCUCGUUGCGCGGAACAUCUCUGUGGCAGACCCGGUGAAGAAUCGCAAGAGGCUGUUGGGAUUUCGGAAGAAGUACCACGGUUUUGAGGAUAUGCACAGGUGGUUGGAGGGCUUGGUGGAGGAGCACUUGACGAACAGUGAUAGCGAUUCUGGUGUGGACUUCGGACGCCUGAAAGAGGUGGUUUGGGAGGUUGGCGACCGAUACCCGGAGUUCAACGACCAGGAAUGUCAGCAACUCAAGCGAACUUUGAUGGACAUGGAGGGGGGAAGCCGCAAACCUGGGCGGAUUCCGCUUGCAGACUUCUACAACAAGUCCAACCACAACCAUUGGAGGUUCACUGAGAGCCCGGAGUACCUGCGAGACCUU